CCUGUCUGUGUUGUUUCCGCUUAAUUAGAAGCAAUCCCCGCCCAGCCCGAUUCCAGCUUGGCUGCGUUGUUUGGGGACAGUCCGAAGAUGGCGACGGCCCAGCUGUACUGCGUCUGCCGGCAGCCGUACGAUGUGAGCCGGUUUAUGAUAGAAUGCGAUAUUUGUAAGGACUGGUUUCACGGCAGCUGUGUUGAGGUAGAAGAGCACCAUGCUGUGGACAUAGACGUUUACCACUGUCCCAGCUGUGACGUCCACCAUGGACCAUCUCUGAUGAAGAAGCGAAGAAACUGGCACAGACACGACUACACCGAGCCAGAUGACGGCAGUAAGCCAGUGCAGGCUGGCACCUCUAUGUUUGUGCGGGAGCUGCAGACAAGGACCUUUCCCAAUGGAGAUGAGAUCUUGCAGCCAAUGCAGGGCAGUCAGGUCACCCAGAGGUAUCUGGAAAGGUAUGGCUUCCGCUAUCCCAUCGCUGUACACAAAAUGGAAGGGCUCGGCCUCUGCUUACCUCCACCAGAUUUCUCCGUCAAGGAUGUUGAGCGCUAUGUCGGAGGCGACAAAGUGAUUGAUGUCAUCGAUGUGGCCAGGCAAGCAGACAGCAAGAUGAAACUGAGUGCAUUUGUCAAGUAUUACUACAGCCCUCAGCGGCCCAAAGUCCUCAACGUCAUCAGCCUGGAGUUUUCAGACACCAAGAUGUCAGAGCUGGUGGUGGUCCCUGAUAUCGCUCAGAAGAUGUCUUGGGUGGAGAACUACUGGCCUGAUGACUCUUACUUUCCCAAGCCCUUUGUGCAGAAGUACUGCUUAAUGGGCGUGAAGGACAGUUAUACCGACUUCCAUAUUGAUUUUGGGGGCACAUCUGUGUGGUACCAUGUCCUGUGGGGGGAGAAGAUUUUUUACUUGAUAAAGCCCACCCCAGCCAACCUUGCACUAUAUGAGGAGUGGAGCUCGUCUCCAACCCAGAGUGAAGUGUUUUUCGGGGAGAAAGUGGACAAGUGCUACAAGUGUGUCGUCCAGCAGGGAACAACACUUCUGAUCCCUACAGGAUGGAUACAUGCUGUUCUCACCUCUCAGGAUUGCAUGGCUUUCGGAGGAAACUUCCUCCACAACCUCAACAUAGGCAUGCAGCUCAGGUGCUAUGAGAUGGAGCGGCGUCUGAAGACUCCAGACCUCUUUAAGUUUCCUUAUUUUGAGGCUAUUUGUUGGUAUGUAGCAAAGAAUGUGCUGGAGACUCUCAAAGAAUCCCGAGAAGAUAACUGCCUGCCUCCAGAAUACCUGAUCAAGGGAGUGAAAGCUUUGAUUACUGCACUGAGGAACUGGCUAAAGAGAGAGGUCACAGAGCCAGCCAGCGAGGUCCCUGACCAUAUCAGACCCAACCAUCUCAUUAAAAUGCUCACCAAGGAAAUCCAGCACCUUGAGGAUUAUCAGAAUGGGAACUGUGGAAGCAAGCUAAUGAAAUCUCAUGGAAUCUCUGCGUGUCCUUCCACGAGGUCGGCACACGAGAGAGGUUCUCACGCACGCAGGACAGCCAGACGUCUUCGUGACCACCACCAUCAUCACCAUCAUCACUCUCACGGCCCUAAAGCUCCUUCUAACCUCGACAUCUUCGAGCAGCACACCCAGGAAGUCUUAAAAAAACUUGAAAUGGGUACUUAUGAGGAGGAUGCCUCCUUUAACCUAACGGUCAAUGGCAAGUUCAACAAGGUCUCCACAGCCUCAGCUGCUGUGGUGGAGCGGAGCUUGGACAACAAACUGCGUCUGGUGCUGUGCAAUGGACGUAUAGUCAGCGAUAACAGGCAGCAUGCUGGAGAAAAAAGACCAAGGAUAAAAGAAGACGAAGGCUCCAGAGAUGUGAAGAUGGAUUUACUCAAGAUUAAACUAGUAUCUAAAGUGGAAGAACAGGAAGUGGAUAUUGAAAUGAAAGAGAGAGAUCAGCAUCAUGUAGCCAGAGAAGUGAAUUCCUUUGCAGAUCUUAAUAAGCAAGAGAGUUCAGAUCUCAGGAACAGAGAAUCGGUACUUUCAGACAUCUCAUCGGACUCUGAAUCAGAUGAGGACUACACUACACGGAAAAAGAACUGCUCUGAGGGAGAAUCUGAAAGCUCUUCAGAGGAAGAGGAAGAUGAAAAGAUUAGGAUGAGUGGAGACCACCAAAGUAAGACCAAAAGUUGCUCCAGCUACAUGACGGAUACGCAUCGAUCCAGGCAAAAGCUUGACCCUUUUGAAAAAUGUUGUAAAAGUGAAUACGCUACCUCGCCAAGCACAGAAGAGGAUGCUAUCCAGGGAAUGCUGUCUAUGGCAGGACUGUUGUAUUCUCACCCAUCAGAAGAUCCCAGCAGUUCACAAGAAUCCUGGUGGUCUCGAACCACCCAUCCCUCCCCUGACUACAGUAGAAAGGAGGCUGCAUCAGGAGAGGAGAACCAGGAUUCAGACAGCAAUUCAUCACAGGAGGGCUUUCGGGAGCAUGAUUCAAAAGGAGGAUGUCCCGCCAAACUCAAGCAUAGGAUCCAGGAACACAAGAACUUCAUGGACAGCCAGGGCAGCGGCAGCAACAGCAGCAGUGAAGCUUGGAGCAGUCGCACACACUUCCCAGGCCACGGGGAAAUCCCCACUUUGGCCUAUCAAUACUGUGAAACAUCCCUAUCGCCACCUCUGCACCCAUCCAAGAGGCCUGCUUCAAAUCCCCCACCAAUCAGCAAUCAGGCCACCAAAGGUAAACGUCCUAAGAAAGGUAUGGCCACAGCGAAGCAGCGAUUGGGCAAGAUUCUCAAAUUGAGCAGACACAAACCUUUCUUUGUGUAGUUCCAGUGAUGGCAGUCAGAUUGCAGAAGAUUGGGAUGCUGAGUGUGCAUGUUAAAGGUGAUGGGGUAUAAAGUGUGUUUGAUUCAUCACACUGGCUCAAAAGCUUUGGAUUAGUCUGAAUAACCACUUCACCCAACAUGUUUUGCUAAUAUGCAUCCAAAGUAACAAGGCGACUGAAAGGAAAUAAGACUGAAAACAUCACUUUUGAAGGCUUUCGGUUCUCAACGAUGGCAUUCAAAAUCAGGUUUACUCUACAAAAGCGAAGACUAGCAUGUUGCCAGGCUGCUUCCUAAACUAAACUAAAUAAUAACUCAAAUAAACUAAAAACGCGUCACUUCGAGGAUGUGCAUCUUAAGUUAGACGGCAAUUGAGUGAUGAACUGAUUUCAUAAAGGUGCUUUACUUUUUUGGUCUGCUCAUUUUGUGAUUGCAACCAACUUUUCCUAGCAAAUUACUCCAGUGAAGAAAAAUUGCAUUAAUGCCUCAAGACAAAAUUCACCCAGGAUGACUGGUUGAACUACCUGUCAAUCAAAAUGUAAUCACAUUUUGAGAGAAAUUAAAGACAUUUUUUAUUUUUGUCAACAUUUGUGUUCAUCCUGUCAUUGUAAAUCUCUGGCUAAGGAGCACUGGGUAGUUUAGCUAUAGUUGGUCUUCUGUUGCCGCCUAGUGGGCAUCCGGAGACUGACUUUAAAUGGUGCUCGAAGGUAUCAUUCAAAUGAGGCAAGAGACAUUUUCCCUUAAUUUAUUUCUUUAUCUUGGUGCUUUAUUUUUAUUUUCUAUACUGUUAUUAAAUUACGUAUUUAUUACUGAUGAAAGAGAACAAUUUAUUUCAUUGAGCAUUUAGAAGGUUUGCUGUUCUUUGGGGUCUUAAUAUGCAUCCGUUUUGAAACCUGUUUAAAAUAUUUGUGCAAAGGCUUAGCUGUUUUUCAAAAUUUCAUCCAUAUCUGUAUUGCAUUGUGGGUAAGAACAUACGUGUCGUGUAAUAAGAAGCUAAUAUAUAAUCAAAACCCAAAUUGUCCCAUUAUGUUAUAAUCUUUCAUUUUUACCUCAGUGUAUUUGAGAAAAAAAAAGAAAAGAAAAAAAAGACAUUGUGAAUUUGUACUCAACCAGCAAAGUCACCACCUGUUAUUUGGCUGUUUUUACUGAUAUUCUAAGGAUCUGGUUUCAGAAACAUGUUGUUUCCAUAAGUAUAAAGUUCAGCUGCCUCAUCAAAUUCUGAAGCAGUGAAAUACUGUUUGAACUGGUGCUGUGUAUAGUGAGAAAACGAGACAUUUAAGAUGGCCAAGGAGCGUGGGAGAAUUUUUACCUUUUUUACGUUGAAAUGUAUUUGGCUACUUGUCUUUUUUUACAAAGAGUCGACAAGAAUAUUUAUUUUUGUAUUGUAUCAACACCAUUGUAUUGAAAUAUGGCGAUAACCUCGCGUUUUGUAAGAUAUGUGUGAUUUUGAGGUAGUUUACUCUGGUUUGAAAGACCUCAGGUAUUUGUUUGUGCUCAAGAUUUUGGAUUCCUUUUGAUGAAUGCCAAAUAAUGUAAUCAUAAAAGUCCGGUCUUGCUUUGAAAUUUUGGUGUCCCGGCAGUAAAAAGAGCCGUAUUAACUAACCUAAUAUAACAUUUCUUAGUAAAUAUCCCCGUGAAAGAAAAUUGUUCUUUUGUAUUCCAGAUUUGUUAAAUGUUCUUUAAAACAUUUACAGCAACUCCAACAUAAUCUACAAAGCUCUUUGAGCAAUAACGCACAUUCCAUAAGCUUCCAGGAACUUCUAUGACGGAUUUCAUUGACUCAAAUGACUCGUUGAGGUACAAGUACAGCAGCUCAGGGCUCACAUACGGACUGUUUUCUGAUGGACAGCUUUGAUACUAACUAAUCAAAGGGCUUCAGUCAACCCAAAGGUGCUCAGAAUUGAACAGAUCAUUACAACCAGCACAGUAUUGUUACUGUAUGUCAUCUUCCAAAGGUUUUUUUAUGAUGGUUUAUUGUGGACUAAGAUACUCGAGCAUUGUGUUUCGAUCCAUUUCAAAGACAAAAACCACAAUGCCAUUAAUGUAGCACCUGUUGCUUUUCUCCUUGAUAAGAUUCUAGUUUAUGUUGCUUUGUCUGAUUGGGAUUUGGGCCAAAGUGCACAUGUAUUGCAUUCAGAACUUUGAGAUGUUUUUUUUGUUUGGGGGAUUGGAGGAGCUUCUGUGUCUGUCAAAAAAAUGCUGCACUGCAUAGUGUCCUGCAUUAGCAAGCUAUGUUACACUACACUCUGAGUUUUUUAUUUUAUUUUAUUAUUGUUACUGUUUUAACACAAUAAAUAUCUAAAUGUGCUUGAUAAAAGUCAAAAACUUUGCUGGCCUGCAGGCAGGGUUUGUACCAUGUCCCAGUACUUGUACAGUAUUUAUUUGGCAUUCUUUGUUGUGUUUUCAAUUUUCUGGUCUUGCAAUCGGUUACGUGUUUGUUUAUGGAGUAUCCUCUCACAUUUUCAAUGCAUUCAAAUGUUUGAAAUUUUUAUAUGGUUGUAUAAUUUUGUGACGCUGUAAUCCACAGCUAAGGCUUUUGAAAUUGGGAUAUUCCAUUGUACAAUGUGGCCUGUGCAUAUUAAAAAUUCUACGAGUGAA